UCAAAAUAACUCUGUGAUUUUCAACUCUCGCAAAUUUUCCUAGUUUCGGAUCUCGGGUUCACCACGUCACUCUCUUCCUCCAAUCAAUUUAUUGUGCCUAUUUCUGUGUCUCAUCUAAUAUGGAUUGGAAUUUGUUCUUUUGGCUUUUGAUUUGUUUCCCUCUCAACGUUGCCUUUUUGAUUUCUACUUUCUACCAGGUUUUGAUCUUAUCUGACUUAGAAGCUGACUUUAUCAACCCAUAUGAUGCUUCAUCUCGGAUGAAUUACUUCGUUGUUCCUGAGUUUAUUGGGCAAGGAUUAUUCUGUGCUCUUUGCCUCUUCACGGGUCAUUGGGUCAUGUUUUUUAUAACAGUUCCUCUUACUUGCUAUCAUGUAAUGCUGUAUGUGAAACGGAAGCAUCUUAUUGAUGUUACUGAAGUGUUUAGGGUACUUAAUGCUGAGAAGAAAUUUCGGUUAGCCAAACUUGCUUUUUACAUACUGGUGCUCCUUAUAAUUGUCUUCAGGCUUGUAUUAUUGGGUGUCUACUAUUUAGAUAUUGAAGAUGAAUGAUGUGGAAAACCUUUGAAUAACCACUACUUGUGCAAUAUGGCAACCAAUGUGUAAGUUGCUCUGUCCUUUUUGAAUAUAAUUUGUUUGAAGAAAUGCUCGAACCAACAUUCUCUUCACAUUUCAUUUUUUUUUUUUAUGUAUACAAGUUUGAAUGCCUAGGCGAAUUCUUUCCUUAGAUUUCUAGGUUACCUGUGUUGUAUGUAUGACUUGGUUUUUGGUCCUACAGCCCAAAGUAUGGUCUCCGCGUUGCUUCCCUUGUUGAUUAAACAAAUUCUCCAUAAUUGAUGUCCAUGUCUUGGGGUUGUUUGACAUUCAAGGCAGAUUAAUUAGUCAAGUGGCUGAUUAAAGUUCUAGAUCUCUUUUCACUGUCAAUAAUUUUCAAAUUGAUGACUAUCACUUGAACACGAUUUGUGGGUAACUGUUUUGGCAGCAAUAUUCAAGAUUGU